AUGGAGGAGGUGGUGGUGCUGAUAGUAGGAGCUGGCCCUUCAGGCCUUGCGGUCUCCAAUUGUUUAUCUCGCCUCUCGAUUUCAAACAUAGUUCUAGAGAGAGAAGACUGCUGCGCGUCACUGUGGAGGAAGAGAUCAUACGAUCGCUUGACCCUCCAUCUUGCUAAGCAGUUCUGUUCACUGCCCUACAUGCCCCAUGCACCGUCGUCCUCCACCUUCAUGCCCAGGAAAUCCUUCGUCGAGUACAUCGACUCUUACAUCUCGAGGUUUGGCAUCAAGCCCCGGUACUGCCGCUCCGUCGACGUGGGCUUGUACGUCGAGAGCGAGAGGAAGUGGAGGGUCGAGGCAAGGAACACGUCGACCCAAGAGAAGGAGGUCUACUUGGCGCGGUUCUUGGUCAUCGCCACAGGCGAAAAUGGCGAGGGCUUCGUCCCUGAGCUGCCCGGGUUGGACGGGUUCGAGGGGAAGAUCGUCCACUCGAGCGAGUACAAAUCCGGGAAAGAUUACGGGAACAAAGAAGUUUUAGUGGUGGGCUGUGGAAAUUCAGGGAUGGAGAUUAGCUAUGAUCUAUCAAACUUUGGCGCUCAUACUUCCAUUGUGAUAAGGAACCCAUUUCAUGUGCUCAACAAGGAAAUGGUUUACAUCGGAAUGUUACUAUCCAAGUACGUCCCGAUGACAAUCGCCGAUGCCGUGGUGACAUUUCUCGAGAAGCUCUGGUAUGGCGAUUUGACUAGGUAUGGGAUCUGUCGACCGGCUAAAGGCCCGUUUCACCUGAAAGUGGCCACUGGAAAAACUCCGGUGAUUGACGUCGGCACGAUUAAGAAAAUCCAAUCCGGAGAUAUUAAGGUUCUUCCCGGAAUAGUGAGGAUUAAUGGCAAUAAUGUGAUGUUUGAGAACGGCGUCGUUAAGCAAUUCGAUGAUAUAAUCUUCGCGACAGGCUACAAGAGUACUGCAAAUUACUGGCUCAAGGAUUACGAGUGCAUCAUGAACAAAGAUGGGAUGCCGAAAUGCCUGUGCCCGCAUCACUGGAAGGGAGAGAACGGCAUCUAUUGUGCCGGUUUCUCCAAGCAAGGAUUGGCGGGGAUCGCAAGAGACUCGGUGGCCAUCGCCAAUGAUAUCGGUGAAGUUCUAAACGGAACGAAGGAGAAGAUUAAAAUCAACUAA